AUGGGCACCCGGCCCGAGGCCCGGGGCGCCGCGGACACACUGGACUCUGGCUCGCCCGCCUGCGCCCAGUCCUUCCACACCUCGACGUUUACAUGGCUCCCCCUUCCAGCGUAUCUUAGGGUCCAGCACGAGCAUCCGGACCUCUGGUCCCGAGUCCUGGCCCCCGGCGCGGGGCCGGGGUCGGGGCCGCGGCCGGGAAGAAGCCGCCCGGGACCGAACGCGGACCGUGUAAGCCCCGCCCCGCCCGCCCGCCCCGCGCCGGGGCUUUCCCCGCUGACGCUGCGGAAGCGCUGCCCAUAUAUGGGCCGAUUCUGCCCAGUGACGUCAGCGCGGUCUCCGGGCAGAUUCCGGGAACCCCCUCCCCCCGCUCUGCCGGGCAGGGCCGCGGCGCCGGGAAGGGGGCCGGGAUUUUCCCGGGCAGGCGGCUCUCUGGGCGCGGAAAGCCCCAGGCCCGGGUCCAGGGCGCCCGCGGCGGGAGGGCUGCGCUCCCCUGCGCCCCCCUGCGCCCCGGGAGCCACCCGAGCGGCUUCCAGCGGGCUGGCGCCGGAGCCCCGCCGCGCCCACGCCCCCUCCCUCGGCUCUGACCCCGGAGGAGCCGAACUGCGGCCUCGGUGUCAUGCCGACGCCGUCAGGGCAGCUCCCGCCAGGAAGGGCGGCGCCCGCCUGCCGGUGUCCCCUCCCGUGUGCCAGGCCAGAAGCUGUGCUCUGCCAGGUCUGGUCCUGUCCGGGCAGUUGUUUGGGCCGCUGGGCGCCGCCACAGCCUCCGUGCCGGCCGCUCCCCAGCAGCUGAGACAAGUUCAAAGCUGCCGGUGGCUGGUGGGAACUCGCUGGCCUUGA